UUAUUAUUUGUAUUUAUCUUCCAGACAAAUAUUCAGCAUAUUUUGCAAAAUUCUAAGGCUGCAGAGGAAGAUGAAAGAAGUGAGGAUGCUGCCAGUCACCAGAAACAGAGGGAGUCAAACUGUGACACUGAUGAACAGGAAACAACAGUAAUUGACCCCCAGAUGGAAGCUGUCAGGAAACAGCUAAUGCAGUUUGGUAUUAGUUUUAUUGACCCUGCGACACUGGCUUCUAACAACAGACCAGUAUUAGAUACCAUGUACCUGCCAGGACUCCAUAACAUGCUGUCCAUGUACCAAAACUCCAUCCCCACCUCAGGGACAGUGCCCUACCAGGAGACCGAUGCCACAGCUGCAAAGUACCUAUCAGAUGCACAACUAGCUGCCAUUGCCUCAGCAUCUCCUGCCAUGACAGGAAGAACAAGAGCUGUGAGGGAGACCAAGGCAUUGAGACCUCCAUUCCAGCAAAUUAAGAAUCCAGACACUGAAAAUAAUUUUUCCAUAGCAACAAAAAAGUUCCUUGGAAAAUAUGGCUUGCAAGAAGAUUACACUUCAGUCUAGGUCCCAUACUUGAAUGACAUGUGAUAUGCUUUAAAAUACUACUAUUUCGUGUUUAAUAAAUAUAUUUCAAAGGUACAAGUUAAGAUGGGGUCAGCAUCUAGAAAUGUUUAUUAUACAUAACAGGUGCCAAAUUUUAGUUGUAAUUUAGUUUCUAGUCUGGAAAGAACUUAGAACAAAAAAAUCUCAGCACUGCCUAAGAUUAUUUUCCUUGUGUUCACAAGACAGCAUGGAAUUAGUGUGGCACAUAGUAUAUAAAA